AUGAUUAUAGAAGAAGGGAUUUUUGUACACAUUAUGACAUAUUUACUUGGAGAUUAUACAGAAAGUAUUGAAAAGAAUCAAUUACAUAUUAGUUUUAAGAGUUUGAGUGCAGCCUUAAAGAAGAUUAGAAUUAGAAAAGAUGUAUUUUAUUCAUUGAAUUUACCAAUUGACAUUAUUCAAGGAGAAGUCGAAACCAUUGAAGUUAUAGUUCAAAGUUUAACACCUUUCAGUUUAAGUAUUUUUUUAUUGAAGGUUACAGUAAAAUGUGAAUCACAAAAAGAAUUUGUUAAUGAAGAAGAAAAUGAAAGUAUUGAAAGAAUUAAAAAAAAAGAUUAUUAA